CAAGGUCCAGAUCUCCAGACUGACCAAGGCUAAGUCAUGAUGGUUGUCAUUUCAGAGCCAAAAAUAUUCCUCUUUGAGUUGGUGGAACUGUAGAUUCUUGAAGAGAUGAAGAGAGUGGAGGAGGAGAGCACCCCUGAUGUGUGGCAGGAACAAAGGAAAACCCCUGCUGUGAACCUAACUAUGACAAAACCCUUCUGACCGACUCAGGAAAUUAAUUGGCUUUAAGGAUGGCGGAGACAGAUGACACUCCAAGCUUAUUGAGAAAAACCUGUAUCUUACCAGCUGGUAUUCAGAACACAGCAUACAUCAGUAAGGGAGUUAUUGUAAUAAACCCGUCAAAACAGUCUCAAUGCAAAUUCUUGAAGCAACAUCCUCUCACAGAAAAGGAACAACAAAUGUGGCUGGUUUCCACACAAUACCAGCUUUAAAACAGAGAAGUUGCUCUUCAGAUCUCCUGAUCACCAACUGAUACACCUCUUGAUAUAAAGCUUCAUUAGUUUUUACAGUCUAAGAAAUGAAGGAUCGUCUGAGUCUGAUGGCAGCUCUGUCUGAGAGCAUGCUGACAGUAAACUUGUUACUGAGCGUCUUCUCUCUUCCAGGUACUUUUGCUGAUUGUGGUAGUAUAAAACCAGUCGUCAGAAUCACUACACCAAAGAAGAUUGAAGCUCUAAGUGGAUCUUGUUUGGAAAUCCUGUGUAUCUAUGAUACAAAGGAUACAAGAUAUAACAGCAAUAGAACUAUCUAUGGAGUUUGGAUCAAAGGUGGUCACAAAAUUUUACCUAUAGAUGGAGAUGUCUUCAACAGCAGUGGGUUAAAUAACUCAUAUUCACUGAAUAUCAUUGGAAAUUUGAAAGAGAAAAACUGCACCACUCUAUUUCCCGAUUUAAACACCAGUUAUACAGACAAAUACCGCUUCAGGAUUGAGAACUGGCCAUUCAGAGCAACAGCUUGUGAUGAUCCUCUCGAUAUAGAAGUAAAAGAUUCUCCUUGGAGUCCCAGCAUUAAUAUCUCUGUUGGUGAUCUGAAGGAGCAUCAGUCUGUCACUAUAAGCUGCUCAGCUUUGACUCCCUGUCCACACUCACCUCCUGAACUCACCUGGAAUCUCCAACAAGACUCUGAGGGACGAACAGAGAAAAACACAGAUGGAACCUUAACAACUAAAAUCCAGGAGACCAUCACUCUGUCAGACACACAUGAUGGAUACAAAAUCAUCUGUUUUGCCAGAUAUCCUGCGAAAGGAGGAAGCAAGACAGAAGAGACAAAGUUUACUCUUAGUGUUGCAUAUGCUCCUAAAGAUACCUCAGCAUCCAUCAGUCCAUCAGGUUUGGUGUCAGCAGGUAGCUGGGUGGAGCUGAGCUGCUCCAGCAGAGCCAAGCCUCCUGCCAGCUUCACCUGGUUCUGGAACAGCAAACAUGGAGCCUUUAAUGUAUCUGUGGGGCAGGUUUACAGCUUCAAUGAUACUGAGGGAGGAGAGUAUUACUGUGAGGCUACAAAUGAUCUGGGGACUCAGAGAUCUUCCGUCAUCUUUCUUAGUGUUAAAGAUGUUCCAGUGAUUGGACUCCAUAUUAUACUGAAGAUCCUGGGAACUGUGAUGCUCUGUAGCACGCUUGUCAUCUUUGAGUGCUGCUUCAGAUUCUCCAACAAAUCAAAGAAGAAACAGAAGACCCAACCUAUCUCGACAGUGAUGGAGACCAAACCAUGAGCUUCAAAGUGACCAGAAAUACCAAGGCUUCUGCUAGUGUCUUCUUUCUAUUCAUGCUUUAAUUUUUUUGAUUGUUUACUUUUAGAAAGUUAAAAGGCUUAUUAUUAUUAGCCAAGGUUAAUAGCUUACAGUAAUGGCAGUUACAUUCUAAACAGAUCACUGGUGUUUUAUAUCACUAUAUAUCAUGCUAUAAAAAUUACCUAGUAGUUCUUGAUGCUUAUUUCUCUAUUUGCAUAUUUUAUUCAUGGAUAAAAUGCUACCACUUGGGAUCAUUCAUUUGCAUCAAUGAAUUAUGAAUGUGGCCUGUAAAAAAAAAAAAAAAAAGACUUUUAGAAGUGAGACAGAAUUUCUCAUGAAUGUAACAAAACAUUUCCUCUCAACAGAGUUUUUUUUUUAUUGUCUUUGUCUUAAUGCUACAAUUAGGUUUGUGUGGUAUGUUUAAGAGAUGGUAAAAUUUUGCUCCAGA